AUUUUAUUAAUAAAAUUCAUUCCGUCUAAUCAUUUCACACGUUUUCCCUCUCUUUUGCUUUGCUUUCCCUCUCUUUCGAUUAUACUUUUCCCUCCAACAUUUUUGUGAACAAGAAUAUAUAUACUCUGGAUCAAAUGAUUGUCGCUCAUCACCACCGGCUAUUGUUGAUGGCCAGAAUCACCAAUCUCAGGUGCACUUAAGGAUGAAUUACAGUGAACAAGUACCUUCUUUUCCAAAUAUGCUUGGUGCAGAAUGUUUUGUAUAUGAUGAAUUUGCCAGACCAAAUUUAAGUGCUCAUCUCACACAAAGUCACGAAGAAGAAAAUGCUGAAGUAAUAUCAAUCUCAUCUCAAGACUUUAGCUCACAAAAGGUGAAGGAGAAAAGACAACGAACCAGAAACUUUAGUAAGCAGGAGGAUGAGCUACUAAUCUCAGCAUGGCAAAAUGUAUCAUUUGAUCCUAUCACAGGGGUUGAUCAAAAAAAUGAAACUUACUGGCAAAGAGUGCACAGCUACUUUAUGAAACAUAAAGACUUUCAAUCUGAUCGUACCAGCUGUUCAUUGAUGCAUCGUUGGUCCGUGAUACAACUUGCCGUCAAUAAAUUUCAAGGAUAUUAUAACCAAGUAGAAGGAAAAAGUGGGUGCUCUGAAGCUGAUAAGAUUAAUAAUGCGAAGGAUAUGUAUAAAAAUCUUUGCAAACACAACUUUUCUCUUGAGCACUGCUGGAAUCUACUGAGACAUUUGCCUAAAUGGAAUAUUGAGUUUGGUACAAAGAAAGCAAAAAUUUUCCAAAAGGACAGUCCAAAAGUUUCUUCUCCCUCAACUCCGGAUUGUGAAAUGUUAGGAAACUCAGCCUUUGAAAGGCCAAUUGGGAGGAAAGCUGCAAAAGAAAUCCAGAAAAAAAGAAAGAAAUUAGACAAUGAGUUCGGUGAUUAUGGUGGAGCUGCAAUAUUAGAGAAAAUGAUGGCUGAUCAGAAUGAAUGCAGGAAACAAAGAAAUGAGCAUCUCAAAGAAAUGCGACAGUUAGCAAAAGAUAGAGAUGAGCGCGAGAAGAGAAGAGCAGCGGCAGAACAAGAUGAAGCUGAUGCCAAAAUAAUGGCUAUGGAUACAAGUUCUAUGGGGGCAAUUGAAGUUGAGUAUUUUAACUCCAGAAAACAAGAGAUUAUUGAAAGAAGGCGCAAUUUGUUUGCUAAGUAAUCACUACUUUCUUUAUCAGAAUAUCUUUUGACAAUUGAUUUGGACUACAAAUGUUUAAAUGCCUCAACAUUUUUGGAAUAUAUGUAUUUGACAAUUGUAUGGUUUAAUAUCAGCUCAUUAUGCACAUUUUGGA